UCCAUUGACACAAUAGUUUGAUCUUGGUUUUAGGGUUUUUCGUGAGCAAUGGCGUGCAUUGAGGUAGCGCCAGCCGCGGCGCGCGAUCCAUUCUCUUGCAAACACGAUGGCGCCGCUGCUGUUUCUACAAAUCUUCUUCCCCUGCCUCCGGAAUUCGUCGAUUUUCUUCUCGGGCAGAAUGUGGAUCCUCGCGUCUACCUCGCGGCUCAAACACUGCCGCGUUACUUCAGAGUAAAGCCGAGUGCCACCAAUGCUGCUGGGGAGUUAGCGAAAGAACUUGGGAUCAAAGUCGAACCUGUUUCUUGGCUACCCGGAUUUUUCCAGUGUUCUUCACAAGCGUCACUGGCAUCAUCCAGUGCCUACAAGUCUGGAAAGAUUUACGGUAUGGAUGCGGCCUCCGGGGCUGCUGUUGCAGCACUUGAUAUACAAUCCGGUGAUCACGUCCUCGACGUCUGCGCAGCUCCUGGAGCGAAACUAUGCAUGAUGGCGGAGGUUUUGGGUGUGGGGGCUGGAACACUAACCGGAGUUGAUAUUUCUCGCCAUCGCCUAGCAGCUUGUCGGACCAUGCUCCAAAAGUAUGAGCUCGGUAGCCGAGCGAGACUGUUCCUUGCCGACGGGACGACGUUCUCCAUCCUCCCAGUAAAAGAAGCACCGCAAUCCAACGCAAGCGUCCUUGAGAGACAAUCACACCAGUCCUGUUCUUAUCUUUUGAAGGACGGGUUGCUCGCUGAUUGGAGACCACCUAAAUCGAAAAGGGGGAAGCGAGAUGACCAGCGAGCUGUCUCUAAAGGACAGGCGAAUGGUCCCGAGCUCUUUUACUACGGCUGUGAGUCUGGGAUUGUAGGAAGAGAAAUGCGGAGUGUCCUUGCACAGGGCACGGCUGAUGCCGCUCUAGUCGAUGGCUACGACAAGGUGCUCGUGGAUGCCGAGUGUACUCACGAUGGCUCGCUGAAGCACAUCUGCAAGUUUGAGCAGUGGGGAUGGGAAACCUUCGAGAAGCGGUUUUUCAACUCGGAACGCAUUUCUACAAUCACUAAUCUUCAGCUCCGGCUCUUGAGCAACGGAUUCAGACUGUUGAAGCAGGGCGGGACACUCGUUUACAGCACUUGCAGUUUCACUUAUGAUCAAAACGAGGGAGUGCUUAAGCAGUUUCUUGCAGCACAUCCUGAUGCGGAGGUGAGAGAGAUCAAGUCUGCCAAGUCCUGGCCAUGCACAAUGACCGGCUUGUGCUUGCGCUUUGAUCCGCUCGUUUCCAACACCAACGGCCAGUUUGUCGCUAAAAUCACCAAGGAACGAAUGUCAUACGAGCAAAUCUUAUAAUCAGAACCUCGCAACUCUCCAACUUCACGAGACUCCCAAGGUUCUAUCGUUCAGGCUUUGGUUUUUAGCGCAAUUCUCACCAUUGGAUGUUUGUAGCGUCGGGACUCUUCUAAGAAAAAGGUUGAUGUUUGAUUGGAAGAAUAGUUUUAUCCAUUGCUAAUACAAAGUCAGCUUUCAUA